ACAAUGGCGUUGCACCCGCGCAGAGUGCGCCUGAAGCCGUGGCUGGUGGCCCAGGUGGACAGCGGGAUGUACCCCGGCCUCAUCUGGCUGAACCGAGAAGCCAAGCGGUUCCAGAUCCCCUGGAAGCACGCAACCCGGCACAGCCCGCAGCACGAGGAGGAGAACACCAUCUUCAAGGCAUGGGCUGUGGAAACAGGAAAGUACCAGGAAGGAGUCGACGAGCCAGACCCUGCAAAAUGGAAAGCCCAGCUCCGAUGUGCUCUUAACAAAAGCCGGGAGUUUAAUUUGAUGUAUGAUGGCACCAAGGAGGUGCCCAUGAAUCCUGUGAAAAUUUAUGAAGUGUGCGAUAUCCCACAGUCCCAGGGAUCAAUCAUUAAUCCAGGUUCCACUGGCUCAGCUCCAUGGGAUGAGAAGGAAAAUGAUCUUGAUGACGAUGAAGAGGAAGAAUUGAAUCCAUCUCAGCAUGUCCCUAUUCAAGAGACAUUUCCAUUUCUUAAUAUCAAUGAUUCUCCGAUGGCUCCAGCCAGCGCAGAGAACUGUAGCCCUGAAGCUGUGUGGCCAAAGAAUGAACCUCUGGAUAUGGAGAUGCCCCCAACUGCUUUGCAGCAUGACUUCUUCAGCAGCCCGGAGCUCUGGAUCAGCUCUCUUCCAAUGACAGACCUAGAAAUCAAGUUCGAAUAUCGAGGAAAGGAGACUGGGCAGACGACAACUGUGAGCAACCCGCAGGGAUGCAGACUGUUCUACGGAGAGCUGGGUCCUAUGCCAGACCAGGAAGAGCUCUUUGGGCCAAUUAAUUUGGAGCAAGUAAGGUUUCCAGGAACAGAGCAAAUCACCAAUGAAAAGCAAAAGAUCUUCACCAGUCGGCUGCUGGAUGUUAUGGACAGGGGACUGAUCCUGGAGGUCAGUGGCCAUGCCAUCUACGCUGUCCGGCUCUGCCAGUGCAAGGUGUACUGGUCCGGUCCCUGUGCACCUUCUGCCACUACACCAAAUUUGAUUGAGAGGCAAAAGAAAGUCAAACUCUUCUGUUUGGAAACGUUCCUAAGUGAGCUGAUUGCCCACCAGAAAGGACAAAUUGAGAAACAGCCACCAUUUGAGAUCUAUUUCUGUUUUGGGGAAGAGUGGCCUGAUGGAAAACCUCGGGAGAGAAAGCUGAUCGUGGUUCAGGUCAUCCCUGUUGUGGCCCGGAUGAUAUACGAGAUGUUUUCCGGUGACUUCACGCGCUCCUUUGACAGCGGCAGUGUGCGGCUCCAGAUCUCUACUCCUGACAUCAAGGACAACAUUGUAGCUCACCUGAAGCAGCUGUACCGCCUGUUGCAGACCCACCAGGAGGGGUGGCCGAUGCAGGCCCCUACCAUGCACAUGGCACAGCCACUGCCUGCGCAGUGACAGGCACUUGUUCCUCCUGUGCUCUUCCCUCCCUUGUGUAUAUAAGAAAACUCUGAUAAGUGCCUUGCCUGAACCUGAAUGAAAUCUGUAAAUCUGGUUUUCUGAUUGAAUUUCCACAGUCUCAUGAUACUUUUAUUUGGGGAGUGUUAUAAAUAAAGGGAAUAAGGAAUGCUUCUAGCUCCA